ACUGUCAUUGACGAGGAGCACGUGGAAAAGUGGAAGCCCAAAGCGAGCAAAAUCAGAUGGCAAUCUUGGGACUUAAACAUUCUUUGUCUCUAACAGUUUGGUUCAUGCAAAAAUCUUUGUCUUCUCUCACACUCUCCUCUCCUUUGCGUUAUAUUCCUUUCUUUACCUUUUGCAGGCAGCAUUGCUCACCAUCACCGUUGUUAACGUUUUGAUGCGCUAGUAGAUAAUAAUAAUACCCAUGGGAGCUCAAAAGAGCAUCCAUGCUGGCAAAGCCAAGAUUGAUGUGAAUGUUGAUUUUACUCACAAGCUAUGUGCUUCUUUGAUGCUUCCUUCUCUAAGGAACACUGGAAGCCCUCUUUCUCUGAUAAUUGGGAGUCUUUGCAUCAAACACCCGAAUUUAUUUGGUGGAAGUGAGAAGCUUGAUGUAUCAUGGGAUAAGGGGCUCUAUGAUUCAAAUGUCUCAAUAACUUAUAGAAGGCCAAGACCUGAGUGGCUUUGUCAAAAAUGUUUUGUUCUUCAGCAUUCCUUUUCACCUGAAAUUGGGGUCCAUGGUACACCAAUUGACAAUUUCUCUCGUUCGGGGAGUGGAGAUGUAAAUUUGUCUCGUUUAUCAGUUGGUUUGGAUCGAAAUGAGCCUGCAAGCUCUGACUGGAGCAGCAGCACCAGUAUCAAAUUUGAGCAUGUCCAACUAGUGAAUGAUGAUGGACGCUCUAUAACCAGGGACAUUGAUGGGUUCCCAGUGACAUGCAGUGGCAGUCCCCAUGACAGUAUGCUAGUUUUGAAGCAAGAGUCUCAGUAUGCAAAGGCAAAUGAUCACAGUUUUUCUCGGUUUAGUAUGCAAAUUGAACAAGGGAUUCCUAUUCUAUCAAAGUGGCUAAUCUUCAACAAGUUCAAAUUUACUGCUACAAAAGGAGUCAAACUUGGACCAGCAUUUUUAUUGGCAAGCCUGACAGGUGGUUCCAUUGUAGGAGACAUGGCUCCUUACCAAGCAUUUGCAAUUGGAGGGCUUGGUAGUGUGCGAGGAUAUGGUGAGGGUGCUGUUGGAUCUGGAAGAUCAUGUCUGGUUGGAAAUAGUGAAUUGACAUUUCCUCUGAAAUCUUCAGGAAGAGACUCAUUUGGCCCUAAAUACUUAUGUUGCAGCAGCACCUUGACUGAUCAGAACAUUUUCAAAAAUUUAAUAAUAGCAAUUAUACUGUUUUAUAUUCGGGUUCAAGCCUAUGCAUGGAUAUGUUGUUUCUUUACAAGACAUCUGGUUUACUACUAUGUUGUCUGUUUCAUUGUGUUGGGUGUUGAAAGUAGAAGAGGGGAUGGAAUCAAAUGAAUUACUCUAUCUGAUUCCCUUAAUCUCUUUUCGUAAUUCAUAAAUACAGCAGUUUGUCUUGCCAUGUGAUUGUAGUUUGUUUAGGAAACAAGCAAACAUUGACAAUUUAGGAGAAAUAGGCCACCUAAUACCAUCUGUUUUGGGGUAGCUAAAACACAAAAAACUAGCCGAGACUGAAGUAGGGAAUAGUAGGAAAUGACCAUUUCCAAUGGCUGCAUCACCUGUGCAAUUGGUUCUGUUUCUAAAAUCCUCCUUCCUGCCUCUCUUUCAAGGUUUGUUCUUAAAUGCAUUAAAAAAAUAAAAAUUGUGCUGGUGGCAUUUUGGUGAGGGUAAAACUAAUCUGUACUUUUCCGGGCAAGGUCAUAUUUAUUAGAUUGGACUGUGUAGGCCACAAUGUCCUAGUUUUGAAUCCUUGGCUACUUAAUAAGUAGGUUGAUUGUUUCUUGCAAGAGACAAGAAAUGUUCUUUGCUGGUGGAGAAGAGACAAGAUUCUAGCGUGUGUGAUCUUUUCUCAUCUUCAUCUUAAGGACGAUUGCAUUGCCAGCAAAAGCACAAUUGAAAAUUCAUUAACCCUCAAAGAAAAACGAGAAAUCUGUGUUGUGAAUCUUGAAACUUAUUGUUGCGGUCAUCUUCAAUUGAGUCAUUGCUAAACACACCUCUAGAUAAAUUAGAUUCUCGCUAUUUGGUAUAGAUGCAUUGUAAAUGCUGUUGGACUCGCUGCUAUUUAUAACACUUUGAAGUAAAGCUUCUUUACCAUGGCCAUUAAGUCUGUUAUAUGGAAGCUUAUAGUAUGGAUAACUGGGUUUUCUGAAAUUCAUAUGCAAAAUCAAGGCAAUCGGAGCAGUGCUAAAGUGAGUAGGUAAGAUAGAACAAGUCAUUUAGGUUUGUAUCUUUGUCAAAGAUACAGUUAAUCAUUGGUUCUGGGACAUUGAAGGGACCAAUAUUAUUAUUUUUUAUUUUUUGGUGAGGGACCAAUUAUAUGACCACUCAACUUGCACAUUACUUGGUGCCAAGAAAAUAUACAUAUUCUUUUAAGGGUUCCUCUUGCCUCUAGGUGAUGCAACCCUAAAACACCUCAAGACUUGAAAUAAUCAACCAACUUCUAUUUUUCUUCUACCGAGAGAUUGGUGGCAUUUCCAUAUUGUUUCUCAUUUCCUCUCAUGAUUUAUUAGAUAUUCCGAGUAUACUAUGGAACUUAGAGUAUACUAUGGAACUUAGACAUAUAGUAAGAAGGUAUGGGUCAACUACAUCACACUAGUUAUUCUUAAAAUUUAUAUCAAAGUUUUCUGUUGUAGCUGCCUUCCGUCGUACACUAUCACAUUCUGUAUAUUUUUUCUCUCAUGACUGAAUUUGAUGAAGUGAUACAUGUCAACUUACUUUCAAUGCAUUUCUUAC